AUGGUAUACACUUCAACAUACAGACAUACUAUUGUCGUUGACCUUUUAGAAUAUUUUGGUAUAGUGUCUAACAUAGAAACUUUACAGAUUUCCCGUGAAGAUGAAAGUAGAAAACCCGAAGAUACUGACAAAAAAGAGUCUAAACCCAAUUAUGAUAUAGAAUGCGGUCCUGAUACAUCGAGCUCUGAAACCUCUGCUAGUUCAGACUCUAGUAGCUCACGGAUCGAAAAAAAUGAUCCUUUCAGAGUAGAUUGGAAUGGCCCCACUGACCCUGAGAACCCACAAAAUUGGCCCCUACUGAAAAAAUCAUUGGUCGUAUUCCAAAUCAUGUUACUUACUUGCGUCACGUACAUGGGAUCCUCCAUUUAUACACCUGGGCAGGAAAAUAUUCAAGAAGAGUUCCACGUUGGUCAUGUGGUGGCAACUUUAAAUCUUUCUUUAUAUGUCCUUGGCUAUGGUCUGGGUCCCAUCAUAUUUUCACCGCUAUCAGAAAUUGCACGCUAUGGUCGUCUGAAUCUAUAUAUGGUAACUUUGUUUUUUUUUAUGAUCUUUCAAGUUGGUUGUGCUACUGUGCACAAUAUUGGCGGUUUAAUCGUUAUGCGUUUCAUCAGUGGUAUACUGUGCAGCCCGUCGUUGGCCACUGGUGGUGGUACAGUAGCAGAUAUCAUUUCACCAGAGAUGGUUCCUCUUGUUUUGGGCAUGUGGUCAGCCGGCGCUGUUGCUGCACCAGUCUUGGCUCCCCUACUAGGCGCUGCAAUGGUCGAUGCUAAGAAUUGGCGAUUUAUAUUUUGGCUACUAAUGUGGUUAAGUGCUGCUACUUUUACGUUGUUGGCAUUUUUCUUCCCUGAAACACAACACCAUAAUAUUUUGUACCGCCGUGCUUUAAAAUUGAGAAAAGAAACAGGUGAUGAGAGGUACUAUACUGAACAGGAUAAACUGGAUAGGGAAGUUGAUGCAAGGACUUUUUUGAUCAAUACUUUGUAUAGGCCUUUCAAAAUGAUUGUCAAGGAGCCCGCAAUAUUGGCUUUUGAUCUCUAUAUCGCUAUUGCUUACGGUUGUUUCUACUUAUUCUUUGAAGCUUUCCCUAUUGUAUUUACCGGUAUCUACCACUUCACCUUGGUUGAAGUAGGUUUGGCCUAUAUGGGGUUCUGCGUUGGCUGCGUGUUUGCGUAUGGCCUAUUUGGUAUUUUAAACAUGAAGAUUAUUGUACCACGUUUUAAAAAUGGCACGUUCACCCCGGAAGCUUUUUUAAUCGUGGCAAUGUGCGUCUGCUGGUGUCUGCCGCUGUCUUUAUUCUUGUUCGGUUGGACUGCUCGAGUUCAUUGGAUUUUGCCAGUUAUCUCGGAAGUUUUUUUUGUUUUGGCUGUCUUUAAUAUUUUCCAAGCUACUUUUGCAUAUUUAGCUACAUGCUAUCCAAAGUACGUUGCAUCCGUUUUUGCAGGCAAUAGUUUCUGUCGAGCCUCCUUUGCCUGUGCAUUUCCGUUAUUUGGUAAAGCAAUGUAUGACAAUUUAGCUACUAAGAACUAUCCGGUGGCAUGGGGUUCUUCCUUGGUGGGAUUUUUCACUUUAGGUUUAGCUAUUAUACCAUUCGUACUUUAUAAAUAUGGGCCGUCACUACGUGCAAAAUCUUCGUAUACAGACGAGUAG